AUGGUUGAAUGUAUUGAAGAUUUUGGUCCUUGUAGAGGAUAUUGGCAAUUUCCAAUGGAAAGGAUGUGUGGAAUGUUAAUUCCAUUAGUUAAAUCACAAAUACAUCCUUAUGCAAAUCUUUGGAAUAAUCUUAUUUUAAAUGAACGAUUUAAUCAUUUAAAAUAUAAAACAAAAUUUUAUAAAUAUAUUUUUCCUGAUGAAAAAGAAAAAGAAUGGCCAUCUCAUAGAGUUUAUACUUCUUCUUUAUAUGAAGAAUAUGAAUUUUAUUCACCAUCAAAAAAAUAUGUUUUAACUUCAACAGAAUUAAAAAAAUUAAAAGAAGCUUAUUCUGCUAUAUAUGAUUUAAAUAUAAAUCAAAUUGAAAUUAAUAUUACAAUUGAUAUGGAUGCAUAUCGUGUAAAUGCAUCUCAAAGACUUGUUAUAGAAGAAAUAUUUGGUGAAAUAGAAUAUUUUAUUAUAAAUGAAUAUAAUGGAUCAAGUCGUAUGUUUGCUUAUAUUCGAAAAAUAGAUAAAUAUAAGGAAGAUAAUUAUGGGCAAAUAUAUUUUAAUAAAUUUAAUGGUUUCCAAUUUAUUGAGGUUAUUG